UCAAAGUUGGUAUGAACAUUGAAUGGGCGAGAGUGGUGCGGGGUUGACUGGAAAAGUUGUUAAUUAAUAUUCAUUUAAUUGAUUCGGUGAUAUUUGGUGGACGAACAGGGAAGUUGUAAACGAGGGGUGUGGAGUGUGGAUGACUAAGGGUGGCAUAGUGGGAACAGUUGUUAGAGCCACGCAAUUCUAUUGGUUGGUGACACGCGCGGAAUAUGCGUCUAUCGAUUUCUACAAAACUGCGCCCUGUUUGUGAAACUUCGAUUCAGUCAAACGAAAGUCGGGUUUAGGUGGUUGCAGGGUGUUUUUAAACCCGAGCGCCUUAGACUAAAGGGCGUCGUCACAACCCCAUGCCGGAUAGUUGUUCCAUCCACUUAGUUAUAGUGUUAUUUCAGUGUUUGUCAUAUAGCUAGUUAGAUUUGCAAGAAUGGGUGGGUGCGCUUCGAAGGAAAAUACUGCUAAAGAGCCAAAAAAAGAGGAUGAUACUGGAAAAGAAGCCAUGGUUGACGCCGCAGUCCUUGAGAAGCUCGAAACUGGUUUCAAGAAACUCGAGAGUACUCCUUCUAACUCUCUUCUGAAGAAAUACCUCAAUAAGGACUUGUUCGAUUCUCUCAAGACCAAGAAAACUUCCUUCGGUUCCAGCCUUUUGGAUGUUAUUCAAUCAGGUAUCGAAAACCCCGACUCUGGCAUUGGUAUCUACGCUCCUGAUGCCGAGUCUUACACCGUGUUUGCUGAUUUGUUCGACCCCAUCAUCGAGGACUACCACAAAGGAUUCGGAAGGACCGACAAGCACCCUCCCAAGAACUGGGGCGAUGUCAGCGUUUUCGGCAACCUGGACCCUGCCGGUGAAUACAUUGUAUCCACCCGCGUGAGAUGCGGGAGGUCCUUGGAGGGCUACCCAUUCAACCCCUGCUUGACUGAGGAGCAAUACAAGGAAAUGGAACAAAAAGUGUCCACCACUUUGUCUGGCUUGGAAGGAGAGUUGAAGGGCACCUUCUACCCCUUGACUGGAAUGAGCAAAGACGUCCAACAGAAGUUGAUCGACGAUCAUUUCCUGUUCAAGGAGGGAGACAGGUUCUUGCAAGCGGCCAACGCCUGCCGUUUCUGGCCCAGCGGUCGUGGUAUCUACCACAACGAAAACAAAACCUUCUUGGUUUGGUGCAACGAGGAAGAUCAUCUGCGUAUCAUUUCCAUGCAACAAGGAGGAGACUUGGGAGAAGUUUACCGUCGCCUUGUAACUGCUGUCAACGACAUUGAAAAGCGUAUUCCAUUCUCUCACCACGACCGUCUUGGGUUCCUCACUUUCUGCCCAACCAACUUAGGUACUACUGUGCGUGCAUCAGUACACAUUAAAGUGCCUAAGCUGGCUGCUAACAAAGCCAAGCUUGAAGAGGUCGCCUCCAAGUACAACUUGCAAGUCCGUGGAACACGUGGAGAACAUACUGAAGCUGAAGGUGGCAUUUACGACAUCUCCAACAAGAGACGCAUGGGUCUCACUGAAUUUGAAGCUGUUAAGGAGAUGUACGAUGGUAUUGCUGAACUGAUCAAAAUUGAAAGGGAAUUGUAAAGCCCAAUGAUUCGUGAUCAUUACAUAUAAGCAAUGAUAUGAUAUAAUUUUUAGUACCAUCCGUACUUUUUAUUGGUUGCUCUAGAAGUCGAGACUGCUUACUGCAAUCAAAGCUUCUCAUAUUAAUUUAAUGUAUUCAAAGCUUUCUAGUUGGCAUUAUUUUAGAACAGCGUUCAGUUCACACUAAAUUAUCUCAUACAUUUAGUAUAAACUGGAUGUGAUGCGUUGGAAACAUCCAUUACCACUUUUAUUUAUACGUAAUGUAAAAAUAUACCUAAGUAUUAUUUUAAUUGCAAAUUUAUUAAGAAAAGUCGUUUAAUAAAGGACGUCCAAUAGA